GUCCCUGGCUCUUUGGUCAGGCCCGAGCCAGGUCAGUGAAGAGUCUGUACUGGAAGAUCCUGUGCUCGGUCCGGGGCUUCGGAGGGUGGGCUCAGCCAGAGGUGGGCUCGAGUCCCGCACCUCCUAAGCAGCCACCCCAUGCCCGACGGGCGUGAGAGCCGGACCUGGCCGAAGGUGUGCCGGGGUUGGAGGAAGCGGCCUGCAUGCUCCGCUGGACCCCCAGCCCAUCGCCUGGAAGAGCCCACUCUCCCUGGAAGACAGACCAUCCUUGAAGAGAAUGACUGAGACAUGGGCCACGCACUGUGUGUCUGCUCCCGGGGAACUGUCAGCAUUGACAAUAAGCGUUACCUCUUCAUCCAGAAAUUGGGGGAGGGUGGGUUCAGCUAUGUGGACCUAGUGGAGGGGUUACAUGAUGGACACUUCUACGCCCUGAAGCGAAUCCUGUGUCACGAGCAGCAGGACCAGGAAGAGGCCCAGCGAGAGGCAGACAUGCAUCGUCUCUUCCAGCAUCCCAACAUCCUUCGCCUCGUGGCUUACUGUCUGAAAGAACGAGGUGCCAAGCAGGAAGCCUGGCUGCUGCUACCUUUCUUCAAGAGAGGUACACUGUGGAAUGAGAUAGAAAGGCUGAAGGACCAAGGCAACUUCCUGACUGAGGACCAAAUCCUUGUGUUGUUGUUGGGUAUCUGCAGAGGCCUUGAGGCCAUUCAUGCCAGAGGCUAUGCACACAGGGACCUGAAGCCCACCAAUAUUUUGCUUGGUGAUGAGGGGCAGCCAGUUUUAAUGGACUUGGGUUCUAUGAAUCAAGCGUGCAUCCAGGUGGAGGGCUCACGCCAGGCCUUAACUCUACAGGACUGGGCAGCCCAGCGGUGCACCAUCUCCUACCGGGCACCUGAGCUUUUCUCUGUGCACAGCCACUGUGUCAUCGAUGAGCGGACUGAUGUCUGGUCCCUAGGCUGUGUGCUUUACGCCAUGAUGUUUGGGGAAGGCCCUUAUGAUAUGGUGUUCCAGAAGGGUGACAGUGUGGCCCUUGCUGUGCAGAAUGAACUCAACAUCCCACAAAGCCCCAGGCAUUCUUCAGCUUUGCGGCAGCUUUUGGCCUCUAUGAUGACUGUGGACCCCCAGCAGCGCCCUCGCAUUCCUGUCCUCCUCAGUCAGUUGGAGGCAUUGCAGCCACCGGCUCCUGGCCAGCACACCACCCAAAUCUGAUGAAACGGGCAUGUUGGGAAGACAACCUUGAAGGCUUCAUCUCACUGGAACUCCUUCCAUUCUACCCAGGAUGGCUUUCAUAGCUACGGGCGAGGAUUGUGGGCCCUUGUGUGUUCUGCUCUCUGAUCCCAAUACCUGGGCAAGGAGCCUAGGGUGAAUUGGAGGAAACUGAAACAAAAUAGGGCUCAAAGCUGGACUGCUGGGCACACAUCAUGUUCUGCCUCCAAAUCUGGGGGCAGGAGAAUACAUAAACAGAAUAAAGUGAAAAGACCA